AUGGUCAAGCGCAAGGUUGGAGCGCUCGAGAAAGUCGAUGCCGACUUGCCCAAUCUGCAGUACAAGGUCCGACGAGACCCGGCAUCAUACAAGGAUGACUUCAACAACCAGUACAGCCAGUACCAGGCCUUUCUGCAGCUGUUCAUGCAGGCGCCCAGUUCGACCGACUCGCAGGGCCUCGUCAGUCUCCGAGAGCUGAUCGAUUUCGUUGCCCACUGCGCCGACUGUUAUCCCAAACUGACGGCCGACUUUCCCACCGACCUCAUGGCUUUGCUCCGUCUACACCAUGCAGAGCUAGAGCCUGAACUGCGCGACAAGGUCGUUGGCAGUCUGGUGCUGCUGCGCAAGAAGGACAUCAUCGAUUCUGCUGUCCUGCUCAACGCUCUCUUCCCCCUGCUUGUCGACACCCCUAGCAAGUCUCUUCGCACCCUUCUGUUCACCAAAAUCAUCUCCGACCUACGCACCUCCAACUCCAAAUCUACAAACCACAAGCUUAACCGCACCAUCCAAACCGUCCUCUACAACCUGCUGACCUCAGACCCCACCUCUUCCAAGGGCGUGUGGGCUGUACGCAUCACCCGUGAGAUGUGGGCCAGACAGAUCUGGACAGAUGCAAAGGCUGUCGAGAUCAUGAAGGAGGCUGCUCUGUCCCAGCAUGAAAAAGUCGUCUCUGGAGGUGUUCAUUUCUUCUUGGGCGGAGACAAGGAGCGUGAAGAGAAGGCCGAGGAGGACAGCGACGAUGAAGAAAACAUCGACAUGGGCAAGCUGCGCCACCAGGCCGGCAUCAACAAAAAGACAAAGAAGAAGGUCAACGAGCUCAAGAGAGCCGCCGCCACCGUCAAGCGCAAGGAGAAGAAGAAGAAGGCCCCGCAUCCUCUCAACUUCUCUGCUCUGCACCUUCUGCACGAUCCUCAGGGCUUUGCCGAGAAACUGUUCCACCAACAUCUCAACACCCAGACUCCCAAGGCCAAGCUCAAGCUUGAUCAGAAGUUGAUCGUCUUGCAACUUGUGUCUCGCCUUGUGGGUCUGCAUACUUUGACUCUAAUCCCUCUUUAUUCCUACUUCAUCAAGUACCUUACUCCCAAGCAACCCCAGGUCACCUCAUUCCUCGCAUCGCUCGCCCAGUCAACCCACAACCUGGUUCCUCCGGAUGCUCUUGAGCCCCUCGUACAGAAAAUCGCCAACGAAUUCGUCUCUGAAGCUGCUGCUUCCGAGGUUGCAUCAGCUGGUCUGAAUGCCAUUCGAGAAAUUUGUGUCAGACAACCUCUUGCCAUGAACGAAACUCUCCUCCAAGACCUCGUCGAGUACAGAAAGAGCAAGGACAAGGGUGUCAUGAUGGCUGCGAAGGGUCUGUUGAGUUUGUACCGUGAGGUUGGUCCUGAGAUGUUGCGCAGAAGAGACAGAGGCAAGGACGCUUCGAUCGGCAUACAGAAGGGCACCUUGAAAGACAGGAAAUUCGGUCAGGUUGAGGCUGGCGGAAUUGAAGGCCUUGAACUGCUUGAGGAAUGGAAGGCCGAGGAGAGAAGAAAGAGACGUAUUGAAAAGGGUCUGGACCCAGAUGCUUCUGAUGCAGACGAAGAAGAUGAAGAAGAAGAUGAAGAAGCAGGCUGGAGCAAGUGGGAUCUCGAAGAAGACGACGAUUCAGGAGAGGAAGGCUGGAUCAAUGUUGAGAGUGAUGGUGAAGAAAUCGACAUCAGCGACAGUGAAGACGAAGAUAAAAAGCCAAAGGCAAAGAAGCAAAAGACCGAUGUGGAUGCAGCAAAGGACACAGAGAAAGACGUCGACAACGCACCCAAGGACCCUGUCGCCGAAUUUUCAAAGCUGGCCACAACUCGUAUCCUUACACCCGCAGACCUCGCCAAAUUGCAAGAACUACGGACCAGUGCAGCCGUGUCCAAGCACAUGCCCUCGCAACGACGCCAACAACAGACUGCUUCUGGACGUCAUGCUGACGACCCUCUCACCGCUGCCGAGAUUGAAGGUCUGGCAGCACUUUCUUCGCGUGCUACCAAAGCAGAGAAAAUUGCAAUGGCAAAGGGAGAUCGUGACGAGAAACACAUGUCUACUACUGCCAAGCGUAAGGAGAAGAAGGAGGCCGAGGGUAAGAGCACAACCAACAAGGAGAAGGCCCGCAAGAAGAACUUCCUCAUGACUCUUGGAAAGGCUAAGAGGAAGGGCAAGAGAAGUUUGGUCGAACAUCGCAAGAUUCUCAGAGGUCACAUCGACCGACAAAAGCGUGGUGGCAAGCGUGGAAACGCAGGGUAA